AUGCACAAGGUUGAAAAGAUGUAUGUGCCAGAGAUGAUUUUCGGAACGUUGCUUACCUCUUCAAAUUACAAUGAUAACGAGAAGAAGACGACUGGUGGUCGAAAUGGUUAUGGGGCUAAGCUGACCAAUAUUUUUAGCAAAAAGUUUACUGUUGAAACUUCUAGUUCUGAGUAUGGUCGGAAAUUCAAGCAGACUUGGGUUAAUAGUAUGAAAAAGCAAGGGGAAGCAACAAUUUCGGACAGUACAAAGGAUGAUUACACAAAAGUUGUUUUUCAACCAGAUUUGAAGCUUUUCAAAAUGGAAGAAUUGGAUGAUGAUAUAAUUGGAUUAAUGUCACGUCGAGCAUAUGAUAUGGCUGGGACGACUCGUGGAGUUAAAGUUUUUCUGAAUGGAAAGAAAAUCCCUUGUCAAGGCUUUAAACAAUAUGUUGAACAAUAUACAAGUCAACUGCAUAAUGAUGAUGGUACUCCUGUCAAAGUUUCUUUUGAGACCGUUAGUGACCGUUGGGAGGUUGCUUUGUGUAUUUCUGACACUGGAAAUUUUAAACAAGUUUCUUUUGUUAACAGCAUUUCUACGCCAAAGGGUGGAACUCAUGUUGAUUUAGUUGCUAAUCAAAUUGCUGGCAGUCUUGUUGAAAUUGUAAAGAAGAAAGUUGGAAAGAAUAAUAUGACAGUUAAACCAGCACAAAUAAAGAAUCAUAUGUGGGUUUUUGUCAAUUCCUUAAUUGAGAAUCCUGCAUUCGACUCACAAACAAAAGAGACGCUUACUUUACCUGCAAAAAGCUUUGGUUCAAAGUGUGAAUUGAGUGAAAAGUUUUUGAAAGAAGCACAAAAAUGUGGAAUUGUCGAUCUUGUUUUGAACUGGGUUCAAUUUAAGCAAAAUCAGCAAAAAGAUAAAAUUGGAGGGAAAAAGACUGCAAAGCUAAAGGGAGUUGCCAAAUUGGAAGAUGCGAACGAAGCUGGAACUCGUAAUUCUCGUAAAUGUACGCUUAUUCUAACUGAAGGAGAUUCAGCCAAAACUUUGGCUGUUGCUGGUUUGGGAGUUAUCGGUCGAGAUUUUUAUGGUGUUUUUCCUCUUCGUGGAAAGCUUUUAAAUGUUAGAGAUGCAAAUCAUAAACAGAUAACGGACAAUGCUGAAAUUAAUAAUAUGAUUAAAAUUAUUGGUCUUCAAUAUAAAAAGAAGUAUGAUGUUGACGCUGAUUUGGAUUCUCUUCGUUAUGGAAAGAUUAUGAUAAUGGCUGAUCAGGAUCAAGAUGGUUCUCACAUCAAAGGAUUGGUCAUCAACUUUAUUCAUUCAAAUUGGCCUUCCUUAAUUCGGCGUAACUUUGUUGAAGAAUUUAUUACUCCAAUUGUUAAGGCGUCUAAGGGAAAAGAAUCUCGCAGUUUCUUUUCAAUCCCUGAAUAUGUUGAAUGGAGAAAAUCAACUGAUAAUUGGAAAUCCUGGAAAAUAAAAUAUUAUAAGGGAUUGGGUACUUCAACAUCAAUUGAAGCAAAAGAAUAUUUCUCAAAUAUGCUUCGCCAUCGCAUUCCUUUCAAAUAUAGAGAUGAAGAUGAUGACAGUGCUAUUGAAUUAGCCUUUUCCAAAAAGAAGAUUGAAGAUCGAAAGGAUUGGUUAACAAAAUGGAUGGAGAAAACGGCGCCGUGA